CCUUUGCAGCUCGGGCCUAGUGAGCAUGACACUGGAAACACCUGCUUUUUCUGAAAGACGGCCACACAGAGGAUUCUCUGUCCUACUAUGACAAAAGUGUCAGCAAGGCAAAAUAGUCCCGCUACAGUAUGAUGAUGAUCUACUAUACUGCAGUUGCAGUGUCGAGGAACUGUACUGCUGCUGAGCACAUCAUCUUCAAACCCACAACAUGAGGCUGUCAUGGCAACCAUGUAUGACUGGCAGAAAACAGACUGCAGUCUCUGAGCUCCAGUCGACCCGGACGCUUCAGAGCAUGAACACACUCUUAUGUGCAGAUGAGGAGUUGUGAUAUUGAGACACCCGGGCAGCCACAGACUGUGAGGACCUUAAUGGCUCAUCUGGCAUAUCAACCUAUCCUUCCUGCUGGAAAUAAGUAUCUCCAGCAGAAAUGGGACCAAGCUUCAUAUGAUUUACACAGGAGAAAGGUGAAGUCAGCUAAACCAACAAUAAGCACGACUCCCCCAAAGACCUAUAGCCACCUAACUGUCAAGCUGAAGAACCUAAAGCUUGAAGAGGAAUGGAAGAUGAAGAUUCAGAGGGAAAACGAUAUGCUCAUGGACAAAAUAUCCAACAUCAUGAGGACCACUGGAGGAGUCGACAACAGGAAUGAUUACGACAGAAAGAGCCUUGGCAAGGAGAAGCGACAGCUGGAGUUGCUCCGUGUUACCAAGGAGAAUGAAAUGAUCCUGCUCCGUCUGAGCCAGUGCAGGUCUCACUAUAAUGUGAGGAGCUGGCAUGAGGACUGGCUCAAAACUCUCAAGGUGAUGGACAGCAUAGCACGAUACCCACAAGGAAAUCAGAAAAAGGGACAAGACAAACCCAUCAAGGAGCACAGUGAUUGUGAUAAAGAACAAAAGAUCAUUGUUGGCGCAGCCACACAUAGGACUGCAAGCAACAAGGCCAACUGCAAAGCAAAGACUGAGAAGAAUUAUAACAGGAGAGAAACCUGCAAGAAAGAAGGCACAGGAGCAGAGACAGAUCAGGACACAAAGACAUAUCCUGAACCAAAUACAGCUGAGAAAUCCCUCUCACCAGAUACAUCUGAGAGUCCUGGUUCUUCUGACACCACCCCCUGAUGGAUCUGAAAUGUCCAACACUCCUCACACACCUAAACCACUCAAGCAGGAGACUGCAGGUCCUGCUUUUUCCACUAAAAGCUGUUUUGAAUAGGAGUUGUAUAUAUAGAUAAAACUAGCAUAGAUACUGUGUAUGAUAAUUAGUAUUGGAGUUGGGAAAAAACUAGGGACAUUUACUCAAUUACUUUACUUGUACUUGUUACAAUUUGCGGUAAUUGUACUUUACUUGAGCAUUUCCAUGUUUUUUUUCUUCUUUAGAAAUGAUGAUGAUGUGUUAUUAUUGCAUAAGAUUUAUUUUCUUUCUACUGGGGGAGUUCACAAGCUUCUUAUCAAGCUAAAAUUGUAUUAAAAGUAGCUCAACUUUGACAUUAAAAUAAUGUACACAAUUAUACAACAAUAAUUAUAAGACAUACACAUAUUAUACAUUAUUGUGAAAUGGGACAUUCUAAUUCAUGGGUAAUUUUCCUUUUGGUACUAAAGUAUGUUUUGGUGCUAAUAUGCUUUAACUCAAGUACAAUUUUCAGUGCAGGACUUUUACUUGUAACACGGUAUUACUACACUAGUAUUGCCUAUCAUUUUUACUUCAGGAAAAGGAUAGACUACUAGUCUAGUAGUAGUAGGCUACUUUCUAUAGGCGGGAUAAAUUCAUGAACUCAAUAUUACCAUGAUUCUGUUGUAACAUUCACAAACACAAUACAUGUGUUUAUUUAAUCAUACGUAAUAAAAUGGUGGAUAAAUUAAGGAAUCAAA